GCAUAAUACACGCAUUGGGUACCAAAAAGACUCAACGAGCAGUUUGUGCACAUUGGAAUACAAAAUGAGAAAGCACUAGUACCAGCGCCAUCGUAUCUGCACUACGUGAGGGCAAUAAUUCCAUUCCACCGGCCAGCGGUUUUCUUGCUUUUUUCUUCGCCACCAUCGUGGCUUUGACCCACUUGUAUGCGUGGGACCGUGGAGGAAUAUUCAUGACCGUGCCCCUGUGGAAGAAGGAGAGAGAGCCAGUUCGCCAACGCCUCCGUCACCAGUGAGGCAGAGAAGAAAACCAAGGCUCGACGGCCGAAGAAGUGUUGGGAGUUGGGACCAGUUGUGAGAUCGCGAUAGGAGAUAGUUGUGGUACCGUUGUGUGUGGUGUAUACGUGUGUGCGCUCGACCUGAACCCUUUCCACGCACGGUAAAAAAAGAAAGCAAAAACAUCAAGCGUGGCUUGUGUGUCCUAAAAAAACACAACAAAAUAACCCACACACCACCACACCGUGUGGCCGUUGGCGUUUAGUCGACGGUGUCUUUGUUCGACUACAUUGAUAAAAAGGUAGGCCCUGUCUUCGAGUCAUGCCGACAACAUGUGGUUUUCCUAAUUGCAAGUUUCGUUCGCGCUACAAGGGAACCGAGGACCCGCGGCAUUUUUAUCGCGUGCCCAAGCGCCCCACCGUCCUGCGAGAGCGGUGGCUCGAGGCGAUUGGUCGCACAGAAGAAACAAUUGUCGGUCAGUUGCGGAUCUGCAGCUGUCACUUCCCCGGGGGUGAGAAGAAAGAGGGAGACGUGCCUGUACCGGACCCCGAGGUAGACCCGCCCGUCACAGUGGACGUCAGCACACUCAACAACUCGCGGCCUCGCUCCCCUAUGGAUAAACAGAAGAAGCCUAAACGCCCUAGAAUGUCUGUAGAUAGGAUCGUCGAAGGAAUUCGUCACCCGGCUGCGGCCGUGACCAGCAACAACCCCCAGCCUCUCCCCGCCCGUCCAUUGGUGGCGCUGUUGGACGGCCGGGACUGUAGCGUCGAGAUGCCCAUCCUCAAAGAUGUGGCCACCGUGGCGUUCUGCGACGCGCAGUCCACAAAUGAAAUCCACGAAAAGGUGCUUAAUGAAGCCGUGGGGGCGCUGUUAUAUCACUCCAUUACACUGACCAAAGAGGACUUGGAGAAGUUCAAGGCUUUACGCAUCAUUGUGCGCAUUGGCUCCGGCUAUGACAACAUUGAUAUCAAGGCGGCAGGAGACUUAGGCAUGGCGGUCUGCAACGUCCCAGGCUACGGCGUCGAGGAAGUAGCAGACUCCACGAUGUGCUUGAUCCUGAAUCUCUACCGUCGAACCCACUGGAUGAUCGAGAUGGUCCGGGAAGGCAAGAAGCUUCUAGGGUCCGAACAGAUCCGGGAAGCAGCCAACGGAGCCACUAGGAUCCGAGGGGAAACGUUGGGGAUCAUUGGGCUAGGUCGCUGUGGCACAGCAGUCGCACAGAGAGCCAAGGCGUUUGGGUUCACCAUUCAUUUCUACGAUCCUUACUUAGCGGAUGGCAUAGAGAAAUCACUGGGUCUAACUCGCGUCUACACAUUGCAGGACCUGCUGUUCCAAAGUGACUGCGUGACGCUUCACUGCUCCCUCAACGAGCACAACCACCACCUCAUCAACGAAUUCACAAUCAAACAGAUGCGGCAGGGAGCCUUCCUGGUCAACACGGCGCGAGGCGGCCUGAUCGACGAAUCUGCCCUCGCCCAGGCUCUCAUGGAGAAACGCAUCCGUGCUGCAGCCCUGGACGUCCACGAGAACGAGCCUUUCACCUUCUCCAUGGGCCCACUGAAGGACGUGCCUAAUCUCAUUUGCACGCCACACAGCGCCUGGUACAGCGAGCAGAGCAGCAACGAGGUGCGGGAGAGCGCGGCCGGGGAGAUACGACGCGCUGUGACGGGACGGAUACCCAACAGCCUACGCAACUGCGUCAACAAGGAUUAUCUGGUCCCAAGUAAUCAGUGGACGGAAGUUGCCAGCCAACCCCCUGAACUGAAUGGCUCUGCUACCUACCGGUACGCGCCGACCGCGCAAGUGGUGGUCCCUCAACCGCAGGGCCUUGAAAACCACGGAGUGUCUGCACUCAUGCUCACCUCCAAUCUACACGCCGAUUCCACGCUGACCCCUACACAAAAAGCAGAGGGAGACCAAUGAGAGUGGGGAACCAGUUAUUAUAUAAAAAUAGAUCACGCCAUACUUGCUUAAAAAAAAUAAAUAAAAGAAAACAAAAAUCAAAGAGCCACUUUCCCCCAUCUUCCAGAGAAAAACAAACAACAGCCGUGUGUAUAUUGAAAAUCAGUUUUUGAAGGUAUCUAUUGCUUCCUGUGUACCUACUCCCCCCGUCCGUUGGUGUGCAGUGGCUGUUGAUUUGCCAGAGGCGAAUGUUGUGCUGUCGCCAAUGUACCCACCAACUUGUACUGCAUCCUCUUUGUAUUCAUCCAUCCACUGAAUUGUCAGUUUUUUUAUGGAAGAUUAAAAAAAAAAAGGUUGUGCAUGUGAUGUUUUUGUUACCAACUUUCAAAAUGAUAAAAAAAAAAAUUCUGUGGCAAGAAAAGUUCUUGAAUGUAAUCGUGUACGUAAAAACACUGAUGAUGUUUGUCGUGUGCAUAAACUGGUUCGCACCCACUGUCAAAUUAAAUGUCGUGAUGUCAGGUGAUCGGAAUGUUGAAAAUGUUGAGCGUUUGUUUCGCUGGACCAAGCCAUACCUCAGUGAGAAUUUUGCACCGUUUUUCUUGUAGUGUUACGUUUUCUUGUUUUCUUGGUGAUGUGUUUGUACCAAAAGAAGAGGAGGCCCUCUCAACGCGAAGAGUUGAACAGUUGGAUGACAACUACUUAGCUGCUGGAUUUUUGUUUGUUUUGCAUAUCACUUUUUGUAUUUUUAAAUUUACACGAAACCGCAAAGCAGUAUCAAAAGUAUUGCAUGCUGUAAAUUGUAGUUUUAUAAGAAGAAGAAGAAAAAAACUUAAUUUGUUUCAGUUAUUGCAACAUUGAAGGACCGUGUGUUCAUGUGUGCGUGUGUGUGCGCUGUUAAAACAGGGGCGCAAUACUCGUUCACUGUACCAAACAUUUGACAUAGUUUUCAGCUACAGAUGUUUAACUGAAUUCAUCUGAGGACAUUUUCAGUUUGCCAAGGCAUCUGAGGACGUUUUUCAAAGGUGCUUCAAUACGUUGAACAACCGAGGACGUCAUUUUCAACUGCAUUGGAUAAGUCAACUGCACUAAUUAUCAAGCACUCUACAGCACUGCAAACUGCACGGAGCCUUUGGCAACAUUGUUCCAACUUGCCUCACUGGAUUUAACAUCCGAGGACGUUUUGUCGCAGAUGCUGAACAUGCAUUGAACAACUGAGGACGUUGCUUAAAGUUGCAGGCGGUUUACUGCACUGAACAUCUGAGAACAUUGUUCUCUACUAUAAAUGCUUCACUGUACUAAGAAUCUGAUGGCAUUCUCUGUUGUAGAUGAUCAUCAUAUGAGCAUACUUUUUUUCAGUCACAUAUGCCUAGAUUUUGGAUUGUGUAGUCGGCCAUCUGCUUGGCCUACGUGCCAAGGCCUUUAACCUGGUUUCGCAAUUUUCUCUGCUGAGCAUUGUAGAAACUUUGGUUUGAAAGUAGCAUGCUACACAUAUAUCAUUUCUCGAAAAAGACGUUGCAUUCCAGUUUUGCAAGUUUGUGCAUGAAGCAAACACUGCACAGUCAAAUUACGCCUCUGUGCUUUGUGUUUUCUGUUGCUGAAUUCACAUCAUCAGAAGAAGGUUUAACUUACUUUGCAUAUCUAUGUCACUACACAAGGUGUUUAUAAUAUACGAGGCCUUGCCUACUAUACCUGGGAGGCAGCUUCGCUGUUCGUGAAAGCAAGCUUUGUGGCAGAUAUAUCAGCAACUCUAUUCCAAACCGACUCUGGACUGUAGGAAAUGCACCCGGCUUUCUGGUCUUUCAGUAGCUUCUACAACAUGUGACUUCCUAUUAAAAGUCAAAACAGAUGCUUUGGAUUUUGCAGGGAAGAGACAAGCAAUUGGUCUGUCAGUAUCAUGCGACCACACAAGCCAGUAGAGAACAACUUCUGCAGAACUUGACCAAGAAACAGCCACAACUUGCUUUUUCAUAAAUUUACUGCAUUUUAGAAACAAAAACAUACAAGCUCUUGUACAUGUAGAUGCUCAUGUAGAUACACAUGUAAAUUAAUUGUAGAGUUCUCGCCAGUUUUGUCGGUUGUACUUACUUGGAAAACUCAAGGAAAGUGUAAAAUAAUUUGCAAGAUAAUGAAAGUGGAAAGACAUACAAAUCUACUGUUGAAAAAAAAAAAAUCAUGAACAGACACUGCAGGAAAAUGUGUUAUCGAUAACAUGUUUUUUUUUUUAAUUUUGAGCCUUAUUCAACUCUUAAUGACAACUCUGUUGAAUCUUGGCCGAGAACGAGACAUGUGGCUUUCAGUUUGGAGGUGGUUGGUUCGAACCCUGUUUUGUUAGUCUUCAUCUGUCAUAUUUCUCAGCCGAGAAUAUAAGUGAAUUUACAUGUACAUCAUAUUCAAAGAAUGUCAUUGAUGCAGAACUAAAAACCUCGCCCCCCCCAAAAAAAGUAGACUCUUUCCAGCCAGUGACUGAAAAUCCCUCAGAAUUCUGCUAACCAAUAUUUAUUAGCAACUUAGCAGGUACUAUCCUUCUGAUGAUAGCUUUGCUGCUGAUGUGUUGUUGAAUGAGAAAAGAAAGACGAUUUUUGUAUAUGAUAGGGCAAAUGUACACCGUUCAUAAACCACGUCAGACUUUGGAUUUCAAAAUUCUACGAAUAUCAACCCCCUUUUCUGAACAUGCAUGAGUUAUCGCUUGUCCGAUGUAUUUCUGAAAUUGGCCAAUUGUAACACCGAAUUUCAAUGUUGCACUUGUUGAGCCACUUUGCUGGAAAGUUAGUAGAGCAGUCUGUGAACAGCAAGAUUCAUAUUAGUUUUAUGUGUGGUCUACGUCUUUUAAUAAUUUCACAUAUUUGUUCCUUUCCUUUUGCAUUGGCAACUAGUAAAAUCACUGGCGGUAUCAGUGAAUACCAUUUUGCAAUUUUUGCACUCCAUAUCUGAGUCAAUGCUGUUGCACAGGUGACAUGUUAUACAUGUAUAUCAUUGUCUGUAUUGUCUGUAAAUUAAGAGGAGAAGAUUUCAACUUUUUUUCUAUGAAGGGGAAAAGUGAACAAAAAUGCUUUGUUUAAAAAAAAAUUACAAUGAAAUAUGUGAAUUAUACGAGAAGUCAAUUUAAGAAUCACAAAUAUACUCACUUGUACAAAAUUGAUCAUGUCUUCAAUUGUUGAAAUGUGUUUACUUUUUUUAUUGUUUGUUUACAAAAAGAAAACAAAAAAAGGCUUUUAAAUAUUUACAGCAUCCUGUGUCAGUGUUUUUCAGAGAAAAAAAAACCAAAAUAUGAAAUUAUAAGGCCAAUAAUUAUUGUUCAAAUGUGCUUCUGAAACUGUUAUUAAAACCAGGUCAAAUAUAA